CUGCGGAGAAGCGGGUUCAGAAAUAGCUGUUAGUUGUACGUUUAGAAAAAGUGCUCAGCCGAAGGCUUGACAUGGCUGGGAAAAGCCAGUGAUCAGUCAAUGGGGGUGUUCUACAAUCUGGGGAGAGAUCAGCUGUUCCGUGGAGAGUUCUCGUUCAGUUCCAUUCAGCAUUGGUUGUAACCGUCGCAAUGACAAUCGUGUGGCUGACCUUGCUGGGCCUUUGUCUCAAUCUGAAUAUCGGCUCGGCGUUGCAGGUGCCGCAGCACAAUUGCGAGAGGUAUUUCAGCUACUACAAGGAGAACAAUGGAGCCUACAUUGGCGUCUUUACCGCACCACGCGCUGGUGUGAACAGCCUAUCGUGGGAGGUGGUCUUCACAGCUCGCGGAACUGACCAGGCGAGCACUGUGAGCUCCCUCAAGCCGUAUCCCGAUAAGGCGACGGCCUUUGAAAAGAUACGCAGCGGAGAACGUGGCGAGGUGUUUGUGCGGUUCCAGGAUUUCGGUGACGAGCUGCCCAAACUUGUACGGGCGGAAUUUAACGACCAGGUUCUGUGCCAAAAUGAUGAAUACGAUGCCCCUUCGAGCACAAUGACCCGACGCCAGAGCAUGUCCACCUCAACGAAAAUUAGUGAAGUCCCAAGAGAAAUUGUACCCCAGUCUCGUCCGGUGAACCAGUAUAGUCAACUGUUUCGGUCGCGUCCGGUGCCGAACAUACCGGACAGUGUCUCCAAUCCGUUCUUUUCUCAAACCAGGCCCAAAAUAGAGUCCGACUAUGAGGAGUGCGGCGUGGAGGGCUUUGCGCCUCUGCAAAUUGGAGGCGACCUAGUGACGCGGGGUCAGUAUCCCUGGCUAGCGGCCCUUUACGAAGGUGGAUCCACGGCGACUUACAAAUGUGUGGUCACGGUCAUCUCGAAGCGUACUGUGAUCACUGCAGCUCACUGCAUUUAUGGAAAGAGUGCCAGCCAACUGUGGGUCUAUCUGGGCAGGCAUGAUCGCAACGAGAAUCCUGAGAAUGGAGCCUCUCUGGUCAGCGUAAGCAGCGUGCUGACUCCGUCCGCCUACGAUGGCAACCCAGUUCCGGAUGUGGACGUGGGCCUGCUGGUGCUGACCGCUCCGAUGGUGUACACCAAGUACAUUCGACCCCUCUGCCUAUGGAGCUCCAAUAUGGGCGUGUCACCAAAUGAGGGCGAAUCGGGCGCAGUAGCCGGAUGGGGCUUCGAUAGGAGUGCCCAGAAGACGCGUUUUCCCAAGACAGUGAGUGUUCAGUUGGUGCCACGGGAUCAGUGUCUCAAGGAGAUGAAGCGGGCGGAGGACUUCAUCACGCGGCGCACCGUCUGUGCCGGCAAUUCAGAAUCACAUGGUCCUUGCUUCGGCGACUCGGGAUCUGCUCUGAUCGUCCUGCGGAACAAUCGAUGGCACGUUCGGGGAGUGGUUUCCUUAUCGCCUCGCCAGGGAGAAAUAUGCGACCUUAGCAAGUAUGUUAUCUAUUGCGAUGUGGCAAAGCACAUCGACUGGGUACGUCAAAAUAUGGUCAUGUGAGGCGCUGAAAUAAUUAUAAUGUGACAACACAGGAAAACCUAGAAAUUCAUGUGCAAGAUUCUCAAUAAAUCUCUGAGUAGCUUAA